AUGGCGGCUGCCCACAUGCAGCAAAGACCAUACCAACAACCAGUCUACCAUACUCCACAAUCCAAUUCUCCAGCAUCAGUCGCGUCAUCACAAAGUCAUGAUCAGCAUGGACGUAUGUACGCCCAAGCCCCCGCGCAGAUGCAACAGGUGUACGGCUACCCUCAAUAUCAAGUGCAACCGUCUUCAUACCCGCAACACCCCGGGCAGCAACAACAGCAGCAACAUCACAUGAUGGCCUCUCAACCUCUUCUUCCACAUCAACAAGCCCAGGCUCCCAUGGCGCACCAACCCUCCGCUCAGCAACCAGGGAUAACGAACAGUCCCCGACCUCAAACAAAACUCGAGCCUGGUAUACCGAGGCAGAUGGAUCCGGCCAGCCUGCAGAGAUCUCCAACCGGGCCGAUGGCCUCCAAUCACAAUGCGCCUACGGGCCCGUCUCAGAACGGAAAUGGAUUGCAUCCAGGUCAAAGUGGAGGAGGGGGAGUAAAUCCUAAUUCCGCACCGGGGCCUAUACCAGCAACCACUCCUCUCGUUGUGCGCCAAGACAACAACGGCGUUCAAUGGAUUGCUUUCGAAUACUCGCGCGACCGAGUCAAGAUGGAAUACACUAUUAGAUGUGAUGUGGAGUCGGUCAAUACGGAUAGCCUUCCACAGGAUUUCAGAAACGAGAAUUGCGUUUAUCCACGGGCGUGCUGCGCCAAGGAUAGCUACAAAGGCAAUCGCCUUCAAUACGAGAAUGAGUGCAAUACAGUCGGCUGGGCACUGGCCGAGUUAAAUCCGUGCCUUCGCGCAAAGAGAGGUCUAAUUCAGAGAGCCGUGGACAGUUGGAGGAACAGCAAUCAAGACCCUCGAUUACGUAGUAGACGAGUGAGACGGAUGGCUAAAAUCAACACACGAAAGAAUGCAAAUCACACAAAUAAUCACCUGGCUGGUCCACGUGACGUUGGAGGACAACCACCUAGUACGAAUCCUAUGGCGGCGCCCGUUCAAAGACCGCCUCCAGCGAAUAUCAGCAUGGCAGGGCCGGCGCAGCUACACCAUCACCACGCGCACCCUGAUGGAAGCACAACGGGCAGCACAGAUGAUGUCAGCGUGAAUGGUGACUUCGAUCCCCAACCACCACAUCAGCAAGCUCCCAAAUCUUUACCCGCCUCGAUCCGUCCAUCCAAUGUCUUCCACGGCUAUCAAGCCUACCCUCAACAUCCAGCUUCGGCCGCCUCCAUGCCUCCUCACCUCUCCAACGGCCUCGAUCACUCCAUGCCCAAUCAUGCCAUCUCAACCUCCUCUUCCAUUCCCACCGCAGCCACCAAAAUCGAAAAGUCAUCGCCAUCUCCCGAGAAAAAGCACAGCUCCGUUUUCAGCGACCUGCCCGAAGCCAAGCGCCGCAAAUUUAUCCUCGUCGAUGACACCGUACGCAAAACCCGCGUGCGCGUCAAGGUCAACCUCGAAUCUGUAGAGAUCGCUGAGCUCCCUGACUCUUACCGAUGGGACAAUUCUGUCUACCCGCGCAGUUGGUACCCAACGGAAAUGCCUCCGAGUCCCCGCGCCAAGAGGGCCCGCAGGAUCAGGUUUGUUGAGGAUGAUGCAGAAGAUGGAGGCGAAGGUCAGGGCGACGGCUUAGGUGUUCCGGAGAUGGGUCGGGGGAUGCAAGUGGGAAGGGUGACUGUUCCCGUGCCGAUGGUGGAAAGGAGGGAGGGGACGCUGAAAGUUCCGGGUUUGGGGAGGAGGGCCAAGGAGAGGGAGGAGAAGUUGAAUGAAUUGGGGUAUCGAAUCAGUUGGAGUCAGAGUAGGACGUUUGCGGGGAGGGUGGUAUUCCUGCAGAAGAGCUUGGACGCGUAUAGAAACAAGGUCGGCAGUACCAUCGCUGCCGGAGGCCAGGAAGUUUCGACCGUGGCGCCACAUCUUGAGACGCGGACUGGGAAGAAGAUGUGGGUGGAGAGGAAGAGUAAAAGGGCCAGAGGGGCAAAGAGGGCUGACACGCCUUGA